AUGGCGGUGGUAGUGAUGGCGAUGGUGGUGAUGGCAAUGAUAGUUUGUGGGGAAGGUAGUGGUGGAGGAGGUGGGGGUGGUAGUGGUGGUGGAGAAGGUGAAGGUGGUAGUGAUGGUGGUGGUAGUGCCGGUGGCAGUGAUGGUGUUGAUAUUAGCAGUGGCUGUGGUGGUGGUGACGGUGAGGUUGAUAGUGGGGGUGGUAGUGGUGGUGGAGAUGGGCGUAAAGUGUGGGGGGGUGGCGGCGAUGGCUGUGGUGGUGGUGGGGACGAUGAUGACUUUGGUGGUGGUAGUGGUGGCGGCGGCGGCGAUGAUGAUAGUCAUGAUAAGAUGGUGGUAGUAGAAGUAGUAAAAUUAUAUCUUGAGAAUAAAAAUAAUAUAUUUAUCAAAAUCUCUAGGGGAGAAGCAAAGAUUUGUCAUUGCCUAAAAUUAGUCUAA